CAGUACCUCGACAAGCGGUUGUUCGUCCAGCUGAACGGCAGCCGCAAGGUUCUUGGCGUCCUCCGGGGAUAUGAUGUCUUCCUCAACAUCGUACUAGACGACGCCGUCGAAGAGAAGGAUAACGGAGAGAAGGCAAAGCUUGGAAUGGUUGUUAUCCGCGGCAACUCAGUCGUCAUGCUGGAGGCUCUCGAGAGGAUUGGUGGCGACGAUCGGGGCGGCCGCUAA